AUGGCGACAAAGUCAAACAAGCAACAAGCAACUGUAAAGGACACCUCCACAAGUUCUAACUCGGACAGGGUCAACAUGGUGGUUGAACAAAUGCAGCUUAAAGGCACCCUUGAGGGCCACAAUGGGUGGGUGACUCAAAUCGCUACCUUCACCCAUAAUGACAAGACCACUGUUGUUUCCUCAUCUCGUGAUCGUACUAUUAUACUGUGGGAUGUGGAUAACGUUGUCAGUGACAUCGAUGCGAUCGGCCGGCCAGUCAAGGCCUUAACCGGUCACAAUCAUUUUGUUUCUGACGUUGCCAUUUCCUCUGAUGGACAGUUCGCGCUUUCUGGCUCCUGGGACAAGACUCUUCGUCUGUGGGAUCUGACAACGUACGUUAGCUUCUUUUUUUUAAUUUUCUUCGAUCUCUUUCGCUUUUCUUCUUUGAGUUAA